AACUUUUGAUUUUGAAAGCUUGCCCUCCGCUAAAUUUAAACUGUUUGAAACUUUGAUGAUUAAUUUAGAUUAUAUUGUAACAAAAGCAAUGUUGCUAUGAAUCAAUUGAAAUUGAAUUACCGUCGAUCUAUUUAGACACAUGUUUGUAGAUGGAACAAGACAAACGAAGUGAUAAAGAUAGUUUGGAAAAGUUCGACAUCAAGCUUAAAUCUAGGCCAAAGGAUGGAGUUAUCCUGCAGCUUCAUCACACGGUUCGCGGCUCAAACGGGGAAACUCGUAGGAUUCGGUUUUCAACUGGUACAUUUGAUGACAGCCAAGAAAAACUGGCAUGCGCCGAUAACGCCGGUAACCUUUUCAUUCUAGACUUUACGGAUCUUAAAUUUUGGAAACAUACUGGUGUAGGGCCGUCUAAUGCUCUCCAUUUCGUACCUAACAAACUUGACAUGUUAGUAGUUGCAAAGUCUAAAAACUUUGAAAUAUCGUUUUUGGAUAUUGAAACCGGUCAAACAUCACUUACAUUAACUGGUCACACGGCACCGAUUAAGCACAUUUCCUUCUCUAACAACAAACUCAAUAAUUUACUAACGGCCAGUCCAGUAGAAGCUAUACUCUGGGAAUUGCGUAAUUACACAAAGUAUUUCACUCUGAAUACAUACCUGGGAGCACAGAUACAACAAAUCAUGUUCAUGCCUGGGGGCGAUUAUCUCGUGGCUUGUUUUCAAAAUGACACUGUCCAAAUAUGGAAACAUGAGAAUAUGAAAUCAGUUAAACAAAUUAUACCAAGUGAAUUAAAACAUAUGAAAAGUAUUGCAUUUACAAUGAACGGCCGAGCAAUGGCCAUGUCUGGUCUGUCCCCAACAUUAAUUUUAUUCAGCAUGGACACUUGGAAAGCUCUCAAGUCCAUAAAUUUAACAAAACUGAACAUAUCUGGAGCACAACAAGUAGCAUUUAUCCCACAGGUAUUUGAUGGUGGGGCUAAUAAGAUACUAGCCAUUCUUAGCAGUGACUGCACCCUAAAUUUACUAGACUUGGAAUCGGUAAGUAUUAUACAAACAAUAUGCCCUGAAUCAUCAGGUAUACGAAAGUUUGUUGUCAGUCCAAGUGGUAAGUAUUUUCUUUGUGUAUUACAAUUGGGAGAAGUGAACAUAUAUAAUUCUGCACAUGUAUUAGACAUACCUCAGAGUGCAAAAGUUGAUAAUGUUAAAGAAGAAACACCUAGCACCUCAGCACACAGAAAUGUGUCACAAGAUUUGCCUCUAUCAAAAGUUGAAAUUGAACAAAAAAUGAAGUGUUGCAUGGAUAGUGCUAGACUAAGACGAAUAUUAAUGCAAUAUGGUGAAUACCCUGAGAAGUUCAGGUCAGCUAUUUGGAGAUCUCUGUUAAAUACUCCUAAAAACAAAGUAGCUUAUUCUGCCUUAAUAGACAAAGGUAUUCACCCAUCAUAUAAGGAUAUUGAAAAGCAGUUUACAAUACACAGUUCGGCUACACUUAAAAAUUUAAAAAGAUUAUUAUCAUGUCUUGCUCAUUGGUGUCCAUUGUUUGCUGUAAUGAAAUUUUUGCCAGAAUUUGUGUUUCCAUUUGUGAAAGUAUUACAAAAAGAUCCUCUUCUGUUAUUUGAGUGUGUCGCAACUAUACUUAUGAAUUAUUGUCAACUUUGGUUUGAGUACGCUCCCUUCCCUCCGAUAAGUAUAUUGGCAAUGGUUGAAAACAUUCUGGCGGAACAUGAUCAACAUCUCCUUAAUCACUAUUGUGAAGCAGGUAUAACUAGUCAAACAUACGCCUUAAAAAUAUUAGAGACAGCUUUCAGUGAAGUGCUCAGCUGCUCUGAAUGGCUUAUUUUAUGGGACCACAUCCUUAGCAAUGAAGCUGCUUUUAUUCUAAUGGCUGUGGUAUCUUAUAACAUAGUACAAAGGAAUGCAAUAAAAAGACUGACUACCCAUGAACAAAUUGAAAACUUUUUCCACUUACAGAAUCCCAUUGAUAAAAAGUUGUUUUUAAAGAAAGCCUAUGUCUUACUUAAUGAUACCGAUGAAGAUAUACAUCCCAGAAAAUUCUUCAACAGUUUCAUAUCUUUAGACAAAGGUGACUGUUAUCAGCAGUUUACUGGAUAUCCAAAAGCGACUAUAUGCCUUAAGUUAGCUAAAAAAGAAAAAAAACAAGAGGUCAAAAGUAAUAAGUAUACUUUGAGAGAACUGACAAAAAAGACUCAAGAAAAAGAGAUAAGUGAAAGAUUACAAUUGGAAGCUGAUUCAGAUGCUAAAUCAAUGAACAGUUCAUAUGAAGAAUGUGAUCAUAAACAUUUAAACAAAACUAGGAAAGGGCACCAAAACUCUAAAGGUGAUUUGUGUACAAAAGAAUUUUUAGAAAAUGUAAUGUUUCCCAAGCACAACAGCAAAAAUCAUGAAGACUCAAAAUGUACUAAAAAAGACAAAGAUGACAACAUGAACAAAUCGUCAAUAUCAAAAACAAAGAAAAGGGUACAGUCAGCAAGUAAAAAAAAUGACACCCUAGAGAAAGAAGUUAAAAAACUACUGGUAGCUGCUUCAAAUUCAGAUGUCACAGAAUAA